CCUAGGAAUUAUUGCCUGGCUCAUCACCAUCGCACCACGGUCGGGACCAAUUUCUUUGCGACGUCAACAAGUUUGGCAUGAUGAAGACCGUUUCAGCGGGCAGCAUGAUGGCCGCUUUCCUGUUUGCGGCGAUGGCGACGAUGCUCGCUACGUCACCCGCGGGUGCGACUCAGCCGCUCACGCACUGCGAUUUCUACCUUUCCUGCAACAAGUGGAGCAUACCGGAGCUGAAUAUCUGUCCCGGUGGAGACGUGGCGUACAGCCGAUGCACAGGCAGAAUCAUGCACCACGUCAAAACUGACACGGCGGAGGUGGACAUUAAGUCGGCGACGGUAAACUCUGGCGGAUGUGCAAUGAGCAGCAGUGCGGACGGUCCCACAUGGGACACAAUCAAGUGCGCCAACAAGUUCAGCACCGUUCAGGACUGGAUCCACAAGAGGAACCUUCAGGAUGACGCGCCAUGGUUCUUGAACAAGUACAUCAAGAUCAACAUCUCGGCUGUGCAGUACACGGGAGGAUGGGGUAAUUACAUCGGAGGGAAGGACCGGGACUGUGUCAUGAUCAAGACAUCUAGCGACUUCGCAAACCCCGACGGCAGUGAGUGCCCCAUAUAAGUAGGCAAAGUAUGGUCACCGUGUCAACAGCGAC